AUGAGAACCUCAUCACCAAUCUUCCUCCUCUUAGGAGCAGCACUCGCAUCCCCAAACGUAAUAGACGACUUUGUCGGCCAAGGCCAAAUCCACGUCCUCAACUCGAGCUCCUACGUCUCGGCCGACCCGGCAACAGACACCAUCGGCUGUCUGACCGCGUCGGGAUUGCUGUCCAAAUCCAACUGCGCCACAUUCACGCGGACGGAAAGCUACCCCUACAUGCUCGUCUCGUCAAGGGGCGUCUGUACGUUCAACGACAAGAGCAUGCCCAACAACAAGGACAGCUACUACGGCAAGAACACGUACGCGUGGCACUGCCUCGAGGAGGCCAAGGCCGGGAUUGAUGGGGAGAGGUAUUAUACUAUCCAAGGAUUCAAACACCCAUACCUCUGCAACGGGAACCUGGGGUGCUACUACGACAUCCCGGAUGCUCCGGAAAAUGAUGACGAUAGCGGGGACAGUUUCUCGGUUCAGGAGGUGGGCAAGACGAAGGCUGUGCAGCCAGUGUGGCAGUUCUUUUGGGGAGCCCAUCAGAUGGGGAUCACGCCGGGGCAUUUGCAGGUGUUGUGGCUUUGGGUGCCGGUUAAGGGGAAGGAGAAGAGAGAUGAUGGGGAGCAGUGGAGGUUGGUUUAA